UGAUAGGAAUAAACAAAACAAAAUUUUACAGCAUAGAAAAGAGGUGAAGACAAGCGAUUUCAAUUCCCUCAACCAAAAAAAAUAGCGAUUUCAAUUUUGAAGUGGGAGAGUGAUUUCAUAAGUUUUUAUUUGUGAAAAGCUUAAUCAAAAUCCAGACAGCGAUAAUGGCGGAUGAAACAGAAGAACUUGAACCCUUGUUUGAUUACAGUCGCGUUCAACCCAAUAUCGUGUGCCUCGAUGAUGAUGAAGACGAUGAUGUUGUUGCUUUUCCUAAGAAGAGAAAAAAGAAUUCUAAGUCUCAGCAUGUAGUUGAGAAUGGGAAGAAUACUAAGGUGGAAACAGUGAAUGUGGUGGACCUUGAGGAUGAUGAUUGGUUACCUUCGCCACCAAGGGUCACUGGUAAGGCCCAUAAGAAGACCGACGAGGAGGAUUCAACUUUGAAGAAUUUGAGAUUGAAGAAGCAGGAGCUUGCCGCUUUUGCUGAAUCAGCAAAAAAAAUGUUGGAAACUGUUGAGAAUUCUGUAGAAAUUGAAAAUUCCAAUUCUGUGGACGACGUAAGUGAAAAAACGUCAAAACCUUCUGAACGAGCAAAGAUUCUCAUCUCUGUUCAAGACAAGGAUGAAACAAAGCAGAUUCGGAUGUACAUGGAUGACAGGUUUGAAAGGAUUAUUAAAACUUACGCAGAGAAAAUGAAGUGUGAUCUGAAACAAAUUGUGUUGUCAUUUGAUGGUGAUAAAAUAAGUUCAUCUCAAACCCCUGCCAGCCUUGAUAUGGAGGACAAUGAUAUUAUUGAAGUUCAUGUGAAAUCAAGUUGAUUUAGAUCUUCAACCAUGGAGCUGAGAUUGACAUUUUGGGGCCUCGUUCUUGGAUUUACAUCUUCGAGCUUUUUAUCAAUUUUUACUGGAGAAAAACUAUUCCAGUUUUUUAAAUAUAGAAGACCUAAUUGUACAGCACAUGUUUUGACGGAAUGUCUUGGAACACUUUCUAGGUAGAAGUUUCUUAGGUGUAUGGUAUAGGUUUGUCAAAAUGUAUAAACGCUUCUAUUGAUGUUGUGCAUUAUGUUUGGGAUUUUGCAUUCAGUUUGGUUAACUGUUCAAUAGAUUAUUUUUGAGAAAGAAACUCAAAUUCAAGCA